AGACGUUGUUGAAACAUUGUUGACUGAACAUCGACGUUCCCUGCAAUUUCUUCUAAAAAUUCCUCGAAAAUAUAAAAUUUAUUAAGUUAUUUUUUGAUAAUAAUAAAAAGGAAUAUUAACUUUUAAAACUUGUUCCGUGCUACUGUAUGCAAACUAUAUUUUAAAGAAAUCAAGAAAGCAGCAACGUAAAUAGUCCAACUUAAAAAAUUUGCAACGCGUUUUUAUAUUAAAUAAAAAUAAAUUUGUGUUUAAUUAUAAUACAACCAGUGAGCUUAUAAUGAUGCAGCGACGUGGCGGUGGUAAAUUUCGUGGAGGAAAUCGAUACAAUUACUACAGUGAUAGAUUUCAGUCGGAACACGAUGAUCGAAGUGGUGGAAAUAAAACUGAGAUCAAACGUGUAACUUUCAAAACAGGUCGUCACAUAAACAAUCGAAAUAUUAAUGAUAACAAGCUUAAAGCCUUUCUGGAUGACGAGGACAUGGUUGGGGAGUUGACUCAGGGUGAAGGAAGUCAAAGGUUAUCAGGCGAAUUUAAAAGAGGCGGAACAAAUUUUCGUAAUCGACGCAAUAGGAAAGGCUCGCCUAUUCCUGGACGACAUGUAGGAGGAAGUGGAAAGUUAAUUCAACAUCCAAUGGGCUGGUAUCAAGUCACAAUCCAGCAUGGUGCGAAAUACGAAAAGAACAUUGUGUUGAAGUUACUUUUAGACGGAGUUUCGCCAUCAAUCUUCAUACCAAAUUAUUUCAAAGCUGACAUGGACACAAAGCUUGUCAACUUCUUCGUUGAUGAUUAUGAAGUUGCACAGAAAAUCAUGCGACUUGAUCGAAAAAUUGAACUGCCUGAUGGAUUUCAAAUAAUGAUUCGUGUUCGAGGAUGUGUACCGCAAACAAAACUUGACGCGACAGUCAAAGAACGAAUGAAAAAUGCCAUGGUUAAGCGUUACAAUCAAGCUACAAAAGCUUUGGACCUUACGAAAUUUCAUGCGGAUCCGGAUUUGACAGAAACUUUCUGUGCUUUAUCACGUCCUCCAAUUAUGUCAGCUGCUAUCGACAUCAUUGCUGAAAACAUCCCCGAUCUUGAAGCACUUAACUUAAAUGAUAACAAACUCAACAUGCUGGAUCAUUUAAAAGGCAUUGCGAGUAAAUUGUCGCAUCUUAAAAUUCUUUAUCUCGGAAAUAACAAAAUAUUUAUGUUAAACUCAUUGGACUCACUACGAGGAUUGCCACUUGUUGAGCUCUUCUUGGAUGGAAAUCCUUUCAGAAAACGAGUUCGCGAUCAAGCAAAUUAUGUCAGCGAAUUAAGAAAAAAGUUUCCAAAGCUUUUGAAGCUUGAUGGAGCUGAACUUGGACCAACAAUAGGAUUCGAUGUUGCUGAUGAACCUUCGAAGCAAUUGCCACCAUGGAAGGCAGCAUAUUUAUGUGACCCAUCAGGGUCUGAGCUGGUUCAGAAAUUCCUGGAACAAUAUUUCAUUUUAUACGAUUCAGACAAUCGUCAACAGUUGCUUGAAGCUUAUCAUGAACAAGCAAUCUUCUCAUUAACAGCAACUAACAAUCAACACUACACUCCAGAAGAAAAAUUACACGCUUACUGGAAAGUCGGAAGAAAUUUACAUCAUCCUAGGGGGUUCGAUUAUCGAUUACAUAGCAUAAAACGUGGAAAAUUGAAUGUUGUUGCAUUGCUAACAGAGCUUCCUCCUUCUCGUCACGACCCUCAAUCGUUUGCUGUUGAUUUAACAGUUUUUACACCACAAUUAGUUGUUCUUACUGUAACUGGAUUGUUUAAGGAACGUAACUCAAAUCCAAGGCAAGAGUACACUCGAGCGUUUCAAAGAACGAUGGUGAUAGUUCCUAACAAUGGUGGAUUCUGCAUUAAAAAUGAGCUGCUUCAUGUCAACAAUGCAAGUCAAAGUCAAGCUAGAAAUGCAUUCAAAGGGCCAGUGGCGACAUCACCACAAAUGACUUCACCAUCAAGCCUUCCAACUACGCCUCAACAAGCUGUUUCAGCUCCUGAUGACGCCACUAAAAUGCAAAUGAUUCAAGCGAUGUCGCAGCAAAGUAACAUGAAUAUUGAAUGGAGUAGAAAAUGCUUAGAGGAAACGAGUUGGGAUUUUCAACGCGCGAUUUUUGUGUUCUCAGAACUUUUCAAGCAAAACAAAAUUCCGCCAGAAGCAUUUGUUAAAUAGCCUCUCAAUUAAAAGAAACAAGCGUGCGUGUGUGUGAAAAUCAUCAAUCGUCAUUGAAUUUAUGAUUUGAGAAAAAUACUGUAAUUUAAAAUGAGAAUAAAUGAUUUAAAAUGAAAUUAAUUUCUUAAAAAUAA